CCUUCACUCUCUUCAGCCGCUGUUGACCGAUAUCUUCCUUUCAACUUUGAAGCAACUUGUCUCCUCAAGCCAGGACUCUCCAAGUUAUCACACUUGGAUUUCCCUCGAAGGCAAACGACUCCUCCAGUUAUUUCUCGCGUCUGCGCCGUCCAUACCACCCACGAAAGUCCACCCGGCCUCUCCCUCUCUCUCUCUCUCUCUCUCUCUCUCUCUCUCUGCCUCAGCACUGCUCUCACACCAUUCUUCACUACUUUCUUCGCAUCAAGCAAGAAUAAGUCAAGAUGCGGGCCAAACGCAGCAAAAAAUAUCGCAAGAUAAUGUCCAACUACGCCAUGACCUUCUCCUUCCGCGAACCCUACCAAGUCCUCCUCGACUCGUCCUUCCUACGGACCUGCCAUUCCUUCCACAUGCCGCUGCAGAAAUAUCUCGAGAACACGCUCCACGGCGAGUGCCGACUGUUCAUAACGCGCUGCUCGCUCGCGAAGAUCAUGGCGGAUUUCGAACGCACCAAGGACCCGAAGAACGCGCGGCAGAAACGACCGGAGUGGCUCCCUCCACCGACCGAAGUGCCCCUCCGACACUGCAAGCACAAGAACGACGACGGCGAAGAUGUGGGUGAACUUGACGAGGCGCGCUGUCUGUUGGACCUGUUGGCCGGACAGCCGCACGGGAACGAAAUCCCGAAAAACAAGCAGCAUUACAUACUGGCCACGGCGGAUGUGGAUGAACUAGAGAGGCGCAGGAAAGGGUUUAUCGACGUGAGAGAACGAGCGAGGAUGAUUUCCGGGGUGCCGAUUGUGUAUGUCAAGCGCAGUGUCAUGAUACUCGAGGAGUUGAGCGGGGCGAGUGAGGCGGUUAAACGGAAGGGGGAGAAGGAGAAAUUCGCCGAGGGCUUGGUGGGCUUGAACAGGAAACGAAAGCGUGGUGAAGGGGCAGAGGACGAUGAGGAUGAAGGAGACUUGUUGGCGCUGGAGCUUGAGGAUGAGAAUGGGAACGCGGGAGUGAAGGCUCGAGGGACGAAAAGGGCGAAGGGGCCGAAUCCGUUGAGCGUGAGGAAGAAGAAAGUCCAGCCUGCGCAAGGUGGCAGACAGGAGGAAAAGGAGGGUGAAGGCCAGGCGCGGAAGAGGAGGAGGAAACGGAGUGGGAAGAAAGCUGAGCCUGAUGUUGGCGAGGGUGCAGUCAAUGGCGGGCCGGAACCUUGAACGAGCAGACGUCUGUUUCAAGUGUGCGUGUUCGCCGUUGGUCAUGGCCCUCGACGAAAAGUCUGUCAUGAAAGAGAUACCCUUGUGUGAAGAAUCGAGAUUCGUUUUAGUCUGC